AUGUCGGCGCGAAAUUAUUUGUCGGCGCGAGAGAAAAAUAUUAAUAAAGUGAUUGAUUGUCUGCCUAAUAUUAAUCAGCAGAAGUUUAAUUAUCGGUCCGGAUCGGAGUUACCUCCUUUAUCAGCAAAUACUAACCAUUUUGUUAAUCGAAAUUUGAAUUAUUCCUACGAAGUUCAGCCGUACUUAGUAAAUAAUCUGGACAGAGCCGGGACUCCGUUUUCGGAUUUUCUUUCCGAUAGUGAAACAGGUACUCCAGAUUUUCGUAGUGAGGAAAGUGACAGUAGUUCUGGAUCAGCCUUGCACAGGAGCACAGCAGAAGCUACAAAAACUUUAGCGGAAGAGUGGGAGAGGAUUGAAAGGACUUUAUACAAUGAGGAGGGUGAGAAAUCUGUGCGUUCAAACAUUAUUGAAGAAUGCAAGCAGUGGAGGCAGUUGCAUCCACAGCUUAGAGUCGUCGGCAAAGCUUUACAAUUGCCGGACAAACGUUUGUCAUGUAGACAGAUUGAACACGAUGAGGUGGUUGCGAUGCAUUACAGCGAUUAUGAAGAAUUCAGCGAGAUUGAAGAGCGGUUGUCACAAAGCAGCACUGACGUUACACCGCAAAAUUCGCCGAGAACGUCCGUCGAGGAUUUGGGUGAACACAAAUUGGCCAGAGAAAAGUUAUCCCUAUACCCUACAUACAACGAUGAAUAUGAUUUACCAGGUUCCUUUUGCUCCCUGUUGCAAAUUACACCAAUCCACAUUCGCAGUCCGUCUCACAAGAAGAAACAAAACCCGUCUAUUCUGAGAUCGGAACUAGCGUCCUCGCGAUGGAUGAGAAACCAAAGACCGGAUUCUUCUAUAAAUUGUGAUAGAAAUAGUGCUAAAUCUUUCGUUUCUUUAGAUACUAAGAAUUACGGGCAUAUUGCUUUAAGUGCUUCUGACCGGAAUGCUAUGCUAAACAACAGGGUUGGCACUGCAAGGCAUAGGGAUUUGGCUCGGUUAGAACCUCUUUGCACACCGGACAUGGGGAACAACGAACUAACGAGAAUAUCUAAUGGUAUUUCUCCUAAUUAUAACAUUAGAAAGGUUUCCUUGCCGCCUUUGCUCUUAGAAGAGGAGAAAAAUAAAGUUACUGUUGGAUCGGCCAAAAAACAUAAUAUGAGACCUAGGAAGAAGGUUACGAAGAGCUUUAUCCAGUUUGACAGAAUCCAUUUCAAUUAA